AUGCAGAGCUCAAAAAUCGUGGACGAGGUUCAAGGUCAUAGUAAAGCUGUUAUAGAGAAGGCUAAAAUUACGGUAGCCGAUAUUGAAGAGACUUGUGAUUUGGUUCAAAAAUUCUGUGAAGAGCUUCAAAGGCUGGGCAGCAUCCUGGAAAAUUGCCAACCACUUAAUAUCGACCCAAAUCUUGACGACAAAGACUUGAUCAACUUCCUUCUAGAAAUGGACCUAUGUUGCGAUAAUUAUAUUGAAGCCCUCGAGCCCAUGCACAAUUUAGCCCAAAUGUCUGAGAAAAUCUGA